CGCCGCCAGUAGCGCUCCACUCAUCGGCGCGUGGCGUGUGGCGCGGGCGGUCAGAGGUCAACAGGCGAUAUUUCCCACGGGAACUGAAGAUUCCUGCUGAGAACAUCGUGACAUCGUGGGAAUCCUGAGAAUACCAAGAGAAAAAUCGACGGAUCUAAAAAAGUCGGUCUCCACUAGAAAAGUCCUAUUAUCAUGUCUACCACCGGCACGGUCCCCAUUCGGCCCAGCCCCCAAAAGCCGGCUACCGCGUGCGUUCUGCUGGCACCUGCGCCGGUCGGGUCACGGUCUGACCCAACCCGCGGACCGCGUCGGCCUCUGCCACCCCCUCCAGGACGAAACGUGAAGCGUCGGGGUGCGUACUCCUCCUACGUACCGUCUCCACAGCCGACCAACGUCCUCCGCCGAAACGCCCGCGAGAGGAACCGCGUGAAGCAGGUCAACCACGGCUUCACGGCCCUGAGGAACCACAUCCCGGGCGCGGCCAAGAACAAGAAGCUGAGCAAGGUGGACACCCUGCGCCGCGCGAUGGAGUACAUCCAGAGCCUGCAGCGACAACUGGAGGAGCACGCCGAGGGCCGCCUGACGCCGCAGCAGCAGCCUUCACCGUCCUACCCGACCCCGCCGGCGGAGACAGCCUUCAGCGGGUACCUGCCGCCCACGGAAGGCAGCCCCUCCGUGUCGACCCAGAUGACCGGCUACCUCAGCCCGCCUGGCUACCUGCCCGCUCACGAUGACCAGUCGGGUGGCUACCUGACCCCGCAGAGCUCACCGGUCGCCUGUCAGCCGUCACCGCUGACACUCACCCCUUCCAGCCUGGCCAGCGUGGACAGCGGCGUGGGUCUGUCGGAGUCGAUGGGGUACCCGCUCGGCGCCGCUCACCCCUGUCCAGACACGCCGUCGCCGACUCCGACGGGGCAGAUGACCGCCGAGUAUGCGUUCCGAGAGGAGCUCAGCUGUCAGGAGCCGGAGCCGGACCUCAGCCCGGAGGACGAGGAGCUACUGGAUGCUAUUGCCUGGUGGCAGACCAGCCAGUGACAGCCGGCGCCUGAACACCCGUCGGCAUCAGGGAUCUAGUCAAUUACGGAGUUUCCGCUCGGCCCUUCACCGCCGGAACUGCAUCCGACACAUUUUGGCGGCCGGGCGCCGACAUCCGACGCCAGUGAGACGUCAUACUACAUGGCUACGUCACUGAUCGAGCAUCACCGGCUUCUCUCGGACAUCGUGGACAGUUGGAGGCUCUGUCCCGGCUGCUGACGAAUGACCAGGUGGUGGGUGAUCUGAGUGCCCGGUGCUCGGUCCGAGCCUCGAGGAGCAUCUGAGGAAGCCCAACUCGCCAACGGUCCUACUAGACACGCGACACACUGCAACCGAGAGGGUGGAGACGUACGUCUCCUUUCCACUUGCCGCAUGGGCGCGGGAACCGGGGGGGGCAGUGGGGGCAGCUUACCCCCCUAACUUUAGGGCCGUGGAGGCGGUGCCCCCACAACUUUAAGACGGAAUAUCGCACUUUUUUGCAAAUGUUUUCUUUUUUGUUGAAAAAACCAAGGGAUGAAAAAUAAGUGGCCUAAAACCGGCGAGAAAACUAAAUUUGGGGGUACCCUAGGCUGAUCUCUAUCAUGGUGUGCCCCCCCCAGUCUGAAAGUAGUUUCCGCGCCCCUGCCACUUGGUGGACGGGGACCGGAUGGCGUCGUAUGGGAAAAUUUCAGCAGCCCGGGAGGGGAGCAAAGAAAUGGGGCAUUCGUAUUCGGAUGCUGUGAUCAGUUGUUUAUGCAUGUUUGUGUGUUACAAUCUUUUCCUGACAUUGGUGUUUGAUAUGAUCUCGUUAAGAUUGUGAGAAAUGUUUUUCUGUUAAAAUGCUGAGAUAGCUGUGAAGUGUUAUGAGGGGCCUUUUGUAAUGAUACGCUUGGCGCAUGCAUGCUCGAUGACUGCUUUGUAAAAUGAUUGACGGCUCAUGUAAAAUACUUUGAAGGUGUUUGUAUUUUUAUA